AUGUUGGAAGCAGGCCGCCGCUACGAUCGACCACGGGAAGGCAAUUACCGUCGCGAUGAUGAUCGCUCGCCAGAACGCGACAGAAAACCUCCUCCGGCCAAGCUCAGAGUUGACAACUUGCAUUACGAUCUGACAGAGGAAGAUAUAUGGGACCUCUUCGGACGCAUUGCUCCUGUAAAGGAAGCCCGACUACGCUACGACCGCGCUGGCCGCUCUGAAGGAAUUGCUUUUGUCACAUAUGACCGAGUCGCUGAUGCAAGGGCCGCCAUCCGCGAAUUCGACGGUGCCAACGCAAAAGGACAGCCAAUCCAUCUCACCCUCCUUCCACUUCCGAGACGAGACAACCCUUUUGACCGCGUGGAGAAUCCGAAAAGCCUUUUCGAUAGGAUCGAGCCGCCCGCGAGCCGUAGUCGACGACGAAGUGAAAGUCCGAUGGAAGAACUCGACGAGGAGCGAAGAAAUCGCCGCGCGCCACGACGGGGAGGAGGUCCGAGAGACCGAAGGAGCGACACCACCAAACCAGCCCCCGAGAACAUCGAUCGCUACGUCCCGGGCUCACGCGACAGCCGAAGUUCAAGUCACCGGGGAGGGCGCAGACCAGGCGAACGGAGGGAACGUACUGGUAGAGACGGAGAGGGACACAAAUUGGUCAACGGCAGGCCCCGAAAGACCGCGGAAGAACUCGAUGCUGAAAUGGACGAUUACUGGGGCCAUGCCAAUCCCCACGAGGAGGCCUCCGACAAUGCUGUUCCAGUGGCGCAAGAAGCUCAGCCCGCUGCUGGAGAUGAUAUCGACAUGAUUGAAUAA